AUGAAGCCUUCGAUAUGUGCUGCUUUAAGCACUAACAAAGAAAAACUGAGCAAAUCAUACACCCGUCUUGAAAAGAUUGCGCCUUGCAAGAAACCUCGCCACCGGGGGCGUAAGCGCGAGCGUAAUCGGAACCCUAACCGGAAAAAGCGCCUUAUUAAUCAGCACGGCCAGAGCCAGAGCACCGCCGCUAGACGCCGCCAGCUCCGCCGUUCGAUCGGAGCUUUUUCCGGUACCCUUCUCCUUGCCGAGGCCAGGCAAGCCAACUUUUUCGAGCAACGAUUCAACAUCGAUGUUGUUUUUGACGGCGACGUAGAGGCCGGUGAUCGAGGCCGCCGAUACCGAGACGUGUACGCCUAA